AUGUAUUAUUCAGCUUUCUAUUUAUUACUUAUUUUACUUUUAAAUGUCUUCUUGAUUUCUAAUGCCGUUCCAUCAGGAAGAGAUUUAGUUAAAAGAGAUAGUGACUUAAUAAGAGUUGCUAGAGCUUCAGAUGGUCAAAAAGGUUCUAAAAAUGUACCAAAAGAUAGUGAUGAAGAUGAAGAUGAUGAUGACGAUGAUGAUGACGAUGAUGGUGAUGAUGGUGAUGAUGAUGACGAUGAUGACGAUGAUGACGAUGACGAUGAAGAAAAACGUAAAAAAAGAGAAGCAGAAUCUGAAUCUGAAUCUGAAGAAGAAGAAGAAGAAGAAGAAGAAGAAAGACAAAAUGGAUCACCUGAAAUAUUCACAGAAGGAGAAGGAGAAGGUCCAGAACCUGAAAUUAUAAAAUUAGGAAAAACAGAAGGUCCAGAAAAUGAAGAAGGAGAAGGAGAAGAAGAAGAAGAAGAAGAAGAAGAAAAAGAAAAAGAAAAAGAAAAAGAAGAAAAAGAAGAAGAAGAAGAAGAAGAAUCUGACUCAAGCGCUUCAUCCGAAUCAGAAGAAUCUAGCUCAAGCUCCUCAUCUGAAUCAGAAGAAGAAAAAUCAAGCUCAUCAUCAAGCUCAAGCUCAAGCUCAAGUUCUUCAUCAGAAUCAGAAGAAAGCAACGGAAGACGCAAAGGAUUGAGAAGAUUUGGAAGAUUUGGUAGAUUUGGAAGACAUGGAAGACAUGAAAGAUUUGGAAGACAUAUGAGAAAUCCACUCAGUAAAUUAUAUGAAAGAGUUUAUAAAGUUGUUCGUGAUUACGUUUUUGAAAGAGAAUUUGGUAGAAUCUUUAGAUAUUUGAAAUUAAUUAAAGAUUUAAUAGCUUCUAAACCUUAUCUUCCAACUACAACAACAACAAUUGCUCCAGAAACAACUACCGAAACAGAAAAACCUGUAACAUUGGUUACAAAAAAAUGGCAAAAAUAUUUUAAUGAUUUAGUUGGAAGAUUAAACAGGAAUAUGUUAGGAGAAAAAAAACCUUUAUAA